UUUUUAUCAGAAGCCAAAAACUUUGAUCCAAACGCUUAUAGCAACUUAAAGGAAAAGACUGAUAAAGGUCGAGAAAACCAAAGACAUGUAGCAUGUUGGGAGAGAAUUUGGAGAGAAUGUAAGUUGCGGCAGGAGCUUCAGGAACAUCAAAAAGAAAAAAUUUAUUAUACUCAAUUGAUCAACGCUCUAGAUGAGCAAAUAAAGAUAAUAAACGUGAAGUUUGUGGAAUAUCACAAUAAUGAUGGUAGACCACUACCUGAGGAACAUGAUCUGCCGGCACUAGAAACCAAUUUGUCAGCAUUACCAUCCUCAUCAUCCUCAACCAGGAAAACUAGUCCGCUAACACUAUCUGGGGGAACUAAUUUACAAACAUUAGUAUCUGGAAUAACUGAUUCAGGAAUACAACAUGGAUCAUUAGAACUAGUAGAAAGUGAACAUCAAACAAAACCACCACUUCAAAAUGAUUUUAACAAUGAUCCAUCAGAGAAAGCUGUGCAUGUGUCAGAUAAUAAUAAUACCGAGCUCUUGCCAGAGGGAAAUAAAUUAGGUAUGAUCGAUGAAUCUUAUCCGAAUAAUGGAGAUGCAGUUGUUUUUGAAGACAAUGGGUUAAACGCUGAAGCAAAUUUAAUAGUUGAAGAACAAGCUAAUACUAAUAUAGGCACAGAGCCAUCAGAGAAAGCUGUGCAUGUGUCAAAUAAUAAUGAUACCGAACCCUUGCUAGAGGGAAAUAAAUUAGGUAUGAUCGACGAUACUAUCGUUUUUGAAGGCAAUGGGUUAAACUCUGAUAAUGUAGUGAUUUGUGAUAAUAAUGAAGAUGGCAAUCUGCUAGCACCAUUAUCAUCUGGGAAAACUAAUCUGCAAGCACCGUCAUUUGGGGAACUUAGUAUUUUAGCACCAUCAGAAAUUAAUCUGCAAGCAUCGUCAUUUGGGGAAACUAAUCUGCAAGCACUGUCAUUUGGGGAAACUAAUAUGCAAGCACCGUCAUUUGAGGAAACUAAUUUGAUAGCACCGUCAUUUGGAGAACCUAGUAUUUUAGUACCAUUGGAAACUAAUCUGCAAGCACCGUCAUUUGGAGAACCUAGUAUUUUAGUACCAUUGGAAACUAAUCUGCAAGCACCGUCAUUUGGGGAAACUAAUCUGUCAGUACCAUCAUCUGGAGAAUCUAGUAUUUUAGCACUAUCAUCACCUGGAGAAACUGAUCUAACACCAUUAGCUGGGGAACACAAUUCUUGUUCUCAUCGUCGUCGAAGUCCACGAGAUAGCACAUACCGCCCUCGUGCAAGUAAGCAUCGAAAACACGAAUCCAGCUCACUAGCAUCACCACCCCAAACACCUGACAGUUAUUCUGAUGAAUGUGCGAAAUGUAGUAUUCAUUGUCCAAAUGAGUAA